AUGGGUAACGGAGCCAAAGCCGCUCAGAAGCGCGAGCGGAAUGCCAAAGACGGCAAGAAGGAGCCGAACAGCCAGUUGAAAUCGAACGCAAAAGCCCAGUCGAUCAAAUGCAAGAUCUGCUUCGCCACCUUCCAGAGCACCACGGCGCGCAAGGGUCUUGACGAACAUGCAAGCAACAAGCACAGCAAGCAGUACGAGGACUGUUUCGCCUGA